AUGAAGGCCCUCGCUGUCGCCGCGCUGGCUGUCGGCGCCAGCGCGGCCGCCCGACAGAGAUAUGCCGCCGUCGACAUGUCGCCCGCCGCAGGAGCCCUGGUCCCGCGCUUCUUUAUCGAUGCCCCCAAGCUCGCGGCCCGUGACGGGGGGAUCUGCCGCGUCGACAUCGGCCACCCGGAAAUAUGCUGCGCGAACACAAACUACUGCUACGUCAAGCCGGACAACACGGCGUGGUGCUGUAGUAUUGGUUCCAAAUGCGACUCCAACUGCGAGGCGACGGCCUACCAGUGCCCGACCACGGUAACCCGUGCCGUGUCCGAGACCGUCAUGGGCGGCGCCGUCGUCUCGACCUCCCUGACCACCGCCGUCUCCUCCGCCUGCUGCGGCCGGGCGUGCCCCUCCAUCUCGGCCUUCCGCUGCGAGGCCCAGUUCGGCGGCGGCUGCUGCGCCUACGGCCAGACCUGCGUGUCGGGCGGCAGCUGCAUGAGCACCGUGCCCGCCACCACCUCGUCCACCGACGUCACGGGCCUGCUGACGCCCGCCGACCCCGGAUGCACGGCAACGACGCAGCACGCGUGCAACGACGGGAAGGGGGGCUGCUGCGAUAACCUCGAGCGCUGCACCAUCGUUAGCGGCACCGCGGCGUGCGCGGCGGGUAGCCCCACGGCCACGGACGUGCGGAUCGUCGACGGCGGAUCGGGCGGGCUGUCGGCCGGUGCGAAGGCUGGCAUCGGGGUCGGCGUGUCCGUUGUCGGGUUCGCACUGGCGGGGUUCCUCGCGUGGUUCUGUUUCAUCAAACGACGGAGACGAGGGACGACGACGGCAUCGAUGUCCCGGCGUAGUGGCGGUGGCGGCGGCGGCGGUAGCGAGAGACCGGGCCGGAGCGCGCGCGCCAUGUCGGAAAUCACGUCCGGAUCGCGGACUACGGCGCGGCGCGGCGCCACGCAGGAUUACUUCGGCCCAACGGCCGUGGCGGGGCCGUACACAGAGACGGAGACCGUGGUGUCCGACGAGGCGGCGGGCUCGCCGGGCAGGGGCGGGGGCAGGGGCGUUCCGCUGCAGGCGCACUCGCCAAGCGACGUCGUGGCGCCGGUGGAGAUCGACUCGGUAGGCGUCAAGGCGGGGGGAUACGGGCACAGCGUCGCGGCCGUGCCGGCGGCGGCGACCGAGGCGGAGGCGACGCCCCACACGACGCAGAGGAGGUAUGAGCUGUACGGCUCCGAGCUGGCGUCGCCUUCCUCGCCGGGGAUGCCUUCUCCGUCGCUUAUGACGCCGAGGAGCGUCACGAGCGUUUCCUUCCUGGACAGGUCGCCGGGUCCUCCGUCGGAUAGGUAG